AUUUAGGUUGAAAUUGGAUGAAUUUGGUUUGGAAUAUGAGAUGUGAAUGAAACAGGGUUGUGAUUCAGGGGGUCCUGCCGGAGAUAUUUGCAAUUUUUGGAUCCCUAUUUAUGAAGUCGGCCUCUACUUGCAAAUUUAGGAGCCCUGUUUGGAGUUACACAGUACACACCCUGCAAGAGGAGGCUCGAAGCAGGCGGUCGACGGCGGCGCGCGCGCAGGAAAUGAAGUGGUAAUUAUUUAGUGGUUUGUUCCAGCAGGAUCUUUGGUGCUUUCGUGGAAAAGUUGAAGCGCCGAUCCGAGAAUGGAUCUUUACAUCGACGACUACAUAGAUCCCUACGAGGAGGCCGAGGCCGAGGCUGCUGCGGAAGCCGCCGGCGUGACCGUCCCAGGCACCGCAUCCAUGGACGAAGACUCGUCGGACGGCGAGGACGACUCAGAGGCAGAGAGCGACUACGAGGAUAAGUCGUACGGCCUUCUCAAGUCCGGCAACCACCGGGUGCGCAAUCCGGACGGCACCUUCCGCUGCCCCUUCUGCCCCGGCAAGAAGAAGCAGGCCUACAAGCUCAAGGACCUCCUCCAGCAUGCAGACGGCAUCGGCGUCUCCAGCAAGCACCGCCGCCAUGGCAAGGAGCGUGCCUUCCACCGCGCCUUUGCCCGCUUUGUCCGCGCCGAUCCAUCCUUUGCGCAGGAGCUUGCCAGUAUCACUGGUAUUCCAGGUGCCACUGCCAAUGCUGAUACCAUUGACAAUGGGAAAUCUGAUGCGAAUGGUCAUGCCACUGAACCCAGUUUGGCAGCAGCUGAGGGACCACCGCAGGAUGGGGAGGAGAAAUUUUGUUGGCCAUGGUGCGGGAUUCUUGCAGCCGGUACAGGGUUUAAUCCAGAGGACUUUGCAGAUAAAGUGGCCAUGUUUAGUGUGGAUGAUAUCGUGCCUUUAGUUUACGAUGAGGCAGAAGGCACGGAAAGCUUUGCAAUCGUGCAGUUUACUAAUGGUUGGAGUGGAUUUAGCGACGCUCUCGCACUUGAGAACCAUUUCAGCGUGAAUAAGCUUGGGAAGAUAGAAUGGGAGACAAGGAGUAGUCACGGAGGGGCUGUGAAGGGAGAGGAGGACAGGAUUGGUGAGAAUAAGGUUUAUGGCUGGGUUGCCCGAGAGAUGGACUACACUGCUGGGGGUUUGGUGGGAAGAUACUUAAGGAAGCAUACCAGCCUGAUGACCAUAGAUGAGAUUACCAAGAGGCAGAGGGAGCCAAUGGGGAAGAUUGUGGCAACACUGGCAACUCAGCUCGAGGCAAAGAACCAAGAUUUGCAGGAUCUGGAGACAAAGAAGAAUGCAACAGAACUCUCCAUUGCACGGCUUGAGGAGGACAAUAGGAGGCUGCAUGAGGCAUAUAAUGAAGAAAUGCGUAACCUGCAUCGCAAGGCUCGCGACAAUGCCGUGAGGGUUUUCCAGGAUAAUGAAAACUUGAAGCUUGAAAUAGAAGACAGCAAGAGAAAACUGAGUUCACAUGCUAAGCAACUGGAAAAGUUGACAGCCGAAAAUGCCAAUGACAGGAAAAAACUUGCUGAACUUGCUGAUGAGAAACAAAAGGCGAAAGACGAUAAGAGUGAACUCGAGCUGGCAAGCAUAGAACAGCAGAAGAAUGAUGAAGAUAUUUUGAAGCUAGUCGAGGACCAGAAGAGGGAAAAGGAGGAUGCCCUUGCAAGGAUGCUUGAGCUGGAAAAGGAACUGCAUGAGAAACAGGAACUUGAGCUCGAAGUAACACGAUUGAGUGGCACGCUCCAAGUGAUGAAACAUUUGGAAGAGGAUGAUGACGGGGAUAUUCAUAACAAGAUGGAGAAGCUUAAUGAAAGGCUAGAGCAAGAAAAGAAACGCCUGGAAGAGCUGAGCGGGGAGCUGGUGAGGAAAGAGCGUGAAAGUAACGAUGAGUUACAGGAGGCUCGGAAAGAACUGAUAGCGGGUUUGGAGGACAUGCUAAGUGGGCAUACAGCUAUUGGGGUCAAAAGGAUGGGAGAACUUGAUGAAAGGCCUUUUCAGAAUGCGUGCAGGAAGAAGUUUGGAAAUGAUGAUUAUGAGAUGAGAGCUGCACAACUGGUGUCAAGUUGGCAGGAGGAAAUAAAGAAGCCAGCCUGGCACCCUUAUAAGAUUGUUAAGGAUGAGAAUGGAGAACACAAGGAAGUUUUAGAUGAGGAUGACCCAAGACUGCAUGAAUUGUGGAUUGAGUACGGUGAUGACGUGUGCAACGCAGUGAAGACCGCUCUGAGUGAAGUAAACGAAUACAACCCGAGUGGAAGGUAUGCGGUGCCGGAGCUGUGGAACUUCAAGAAAGCACGGAAGGCAACGAUGAAAGAGGUGUUGAGGUACAUAUCCCUGCAGAUGGGAACGACGAGCAAGCGCAGGAGGGGCUGAGGAGCCCGGGUUCUUGUGAGCCCUAGAAGGGCGGUGUAUCUGCAUGGGAGUUGUAUCUGCAUGAUGUUUUCUUCUUCUGCAUGCGACCUUCUUGCGUCUAACUUCUGCUGUUCCCUUCCAAAACUGUUAUGCUCAGUGAACUCAAUAAUAAGCCCUUGGGCUUUGGCUGCUAGCUUUUGUGUACAUGUGUAGAUUGUGCAGGUGAGAUAAACGUAGCCUUCUUUUCGGUUCAGCCUUGAGGCGCUGGAUGUUGAUAGGGCCAGGUAGAUGGAGACACUGUCGGAUUAGCUAAACCAGGAGCGGAGGGAAGACCGUGAAUUAUCAAAACGCCAAUAAAGGCCUCCUGUAUUGCAUGUUAAAGACAGUUACAUCCUCAAGGAGGGACUUCACAAGACCAUUAGGUGGUUCAUCAAGCCAAAAUACCAGAAGGAGAAAACUUUGUUAAGCGAACUAAUUCAUGGGCUACCAGAGGUGACGCUUGAGCAUUUAGUAGUGUUUAACUGCGGUUUUCUGCUGUGGUAGCGCUCAAGGGUUUUGUCUUGCUUCCGCAGUAACCUACUCUCCUAGUAAUCUACUUCAGUUUUUAUCUAAAUCUAUGGAACUCAGAUCAGUGACUAGAAGUUCAUGUGAACAUCCAUUUGCCAUUUGUCUUUGUGAAAACUGGAUGGAAUCACACUGAUUUAGUGACUUCACACACUAGAAGAGAAACCUCGUAUCAUGAGUUCAGUCUUAUCCCAUAUUACUUUCUCAA